AUGGAGUUCAGAAUAACUACCCCUUUGUUAAAAGUGAAAGGCUACAUCUUUUUAAUAACCUGUGUGAUGUACAGUACUGGACUGGGCCUGAGAAGCAGAGGGUUUACGUCCCCAUCCUCACCCCGCCAUUAACGUAAGGCUAGUCUAACCAACUUCACAGGGUUGUUGUGACAAUAAAAACGGGAAGACAAAGAACCGCCUACAGUCGUGGUGGACAAUGCUUUGCCGUGCACUUCGUACAAUCCUUUCCUCCCCAGCAAUUCCCGUUCCAAAUACUCCCUACAAGAGCUAUUUUGGAGUGUGUGUGUGUGUGUGUGUGUGUGCGCGCGUGUGUUGUUUAACUGCGGCACGCUCCCAAAGUUCCUCUAAGGACUGCCUUUUCCUGGAGCAAUCGCUCUGCACGAUCUGGUAAAUCUUUGCCGCGAGUUGUGCAAAUCUGACGAGGCAUAAAGAAAAAGAUGGGAGGGGGAGAAAAAAAUGGCUUUAAAAGAAAGGGAAAAAAGACCGGUCUCGGCUCACCCGCACUGCACCCCAGUCAUGCGUGUACAUAAGCAGGAUCCACGAUCACACGGGGAGUUAGCUAGGCCAGUCAUUACUCCACAUUAUAUUAAUGUAUGAGGUCCGCGCAGGGCGUCUGGCGGGAAGGUGCCGCUUGGCAGCUGUUCUUCUUGCUGUGGGUGCCGCAGAAGUUUCUGGGAGUGCGCACCGUGGCAAGCUGCUCUCAAGGAGACUGCCCUUGCCGCUUCUUGUCCGUGUCUGAUCUCUUCGACCGGAUGAUCCAGCACUCCAACCGGAUCCACAGGCUCUCCACAGCUCUCUUCUUAGAUCUGGAAAAAUAUUUUCUACCAGGUGGAAAUGUGCUGGCCAGAUCUGUUGGCAAAUGCCAUACCUCUUGGUUGUUAACUCCCAGUGGCAAAGAGUAUACUCAGAAAAUACCAAGAGAAGAGCUAACACAUUUGAUUCUCAGACUCUUGCAAGCCUGGAAAGAGCCACUUUCCCACUUCGACCAGAGUAUUGUUCAUGACCACAAAUUGCCUGAUGCUAGCCUUAGCAAAGCAAAGCAAAUAAGCAACAUGGUGCAAGAACUGGAAACUGGAGUGGAAAAAGUAACUGAGAAGAUGCAGUCAAUGGGGAUCUUCAGCAAUUCACUGCACAAAGCAAGAUCAUCAGAAGCAGCUGCUUUAUUCAUUAAUAAUGAAGCCAAUUUAAUGAGUGACUAUGAAUUUAUUCAUUGCUUCAGGAGAGACUCCAAUAAAGUACAAAACUACUUAAAAGUUCUCAAAUGUAGGAUUAUGCCAGGAAAUAUUUGCUGA